AUGGCCGCUGCAAGUGCUCUAAUCACCAGGAAAGAGGUUUUAACUGUAACUCUCUCUCUCUCUCUCUCUCCAUUUGUUAAAAAACAUCUCUACUUUCAGCCGAACAAGGUGGAAGAACAGAGAAAAACCAGAAAAUCAUAUAAUGGAGACGGAUCAGAUGAGCUUCGCCGUGCUGCCGAGCGCCGCCUCCGAAUAGAACCACCUCUCAACUCCCUCCAUCACACCCAGCCCCAACAACGUCCCAUAAACCCUAACCCUAAUCCUAAUGCCCCCAAACUCCCAGAAUCCGUCACUGUCCUCACCGGCAAUCGCCUCAACCUCCACAACCGAAUCCUUACCCUCAUCCGCCAGAACGACCUGGAUGAAGCCGCACUCCUCACUCGGCAUUCCAUUUACUCCAAUUGCAGACCCACCAUCUUUACUUGUAACGCUGUCAUGGCCGCUCUCCUCCGCCAAUCUCGAUACUCCGAUCUCCUCUCGCUUCAUCGAUUUAUCACUCAGGCUGGUGUCGCUGCUAACGUCGUCACCCACAAUCUCCUCAUUAACGCCUACUGUGAUUGUAGGAAAACUGAUACUGCUCUUGAACAUUAUAAGCAGCUUAUCAAUGAUGCCCCUUUUAAUCCUUCUCCUACUACUUAUCGCAUUCUUGUGAAGGGGCUUGUGGAUAACAACAAGGUUGAUCGGGCUGUAGAACUGAAAAAUGAGAUGCUUGAGAAGGGUUUCGCUCCGGACUCAAUUGUCUAUAAUCAUCUCAUGUUGGGGCUAGUGAAGAAAUUAGAUCCAGAUGGAGUUCUGGCUUUAUACGAUGAAUUAAAGGAGAAGCUAGGGUUUGUUUCGCUGAUGCUGAUGCUGCCGCUGCCAUGA